AUUCACAACACAGAAGUUUUUAAUCAAACGUAAUAUUGGGUAAACUUGCCCAAAACCGCUUUUCUGCGAACACAUAGUGGGGGAAAAUGUGAAAAGGUUAAAUGAACGAAACACGAAUGGAACUAAACGUGAUUAAAUAUCUCACCUCAGUGACAGUGGUUACAUUUCAACGACCUUUUGCGGUUUUUUGGGUGUCGGCAGAAGGACGGAUGUUCGGAGACACUCCACCACCAAUGAUCAGUCAAGGGUGGUUUACACGAGCAUGUGGGGGUAGUGUUUUAUCGUACUGCUAGGAAGAAGAGCAAAAUCCACUGUUAAGUGAUUUUACGUUUAAUAUUUGCCUCGUUUAAAGGUGCCAAAUUUGAGUUGGUGGAGUAAAUUACUUUUUUCCACGACAAAACCUGGAGGUCCUGACGAGGUGGUUGGCCCAGCUGUUUGUGAGAGUGAGUGUGUUUGUGUGGGAGAGUGAGUGUAAAAAGAAGUCAACAUGGUUCUUGCCCACAUAAAAGGAUUCGGUAAGAAGCUCCUGAGGGUGAAGGUGGUGGACUGCAGCACAGAACAGUCCCGGCUCUCUCGAUGUCUCAACACCUUUGACCUGGUGGCCCUCGGAGUGGGCAGUACGUUGGGCGCUGGUGUAUACGUGCUGGCCGGAGCGGUGGCAAGAGAAAAUGCCGGGCCGGCUAUUGUCGUGUCCUUCCUCAUUGCGGCGCUGGCAUCGGUCAUGGCCGGACUGUGUUACGCUGAGUUUGGAGCUCGUGUACCGAGGACGGGCUCGGCGUAUCUGUACAGCUACGUGACAGUUGGGGAGCUGUGGGCCUUCAUCACUGGCUGGAACCUCAUCCUCUCUUACGUCAUAGGAACGUCCAGCGUGGCUCGGGCGUGGAGCGCCACCUUUGAUGAGCUCAUUGGGAAACACAUUGAAAACUUCUGCAGGCUUCACAUGAACAUGAACGCACCGGGAGUGCUCGCAGAGUAUCCCGACAUGUUUGCUGUCCUCAUCAUUCUCAUUCUAACAAGUCUGUUGGCGUUUGGAGUAAAGGAGUCUGCUAUGGUCAAUAAAGUGUUCACCUGCAUCAAUGUUCUUGUCCUGAUGUUUGUGGUGGUGUCGGGCUUGAUCAAAGGAACCCUCAAUAACUGGAAUCUAAAACCUGAGGAUAUCUUCAACAGCACAUCCUAUAUGAAUUCUUCAGAGGUGUUGCCGUCUGGAGAGAGUUUGGGUACUGGUGGCUUCAUGCCCUUUGGUUUCUCUGGAGUUCUGUCUGGUGCUGCGACCUGUUUCUACGCUUUUGUUGGCUUCGAUUGUAUUGCCACCACAGGAGAGGAGGUGAGGAACCCUCAGCGGGCGAUACCCAUCGGCAUCGUGGCAUCGCUGCUUAUCUGUUUUGUCGCAUACUUUGGCGUGUCAGCUGCCCUCACAAUGAUGAUGCCGUACUACUUGCUUGAUAAGAACAGUCCUCUGCCUGUGGCCUUUAAAUACGUAGGCUGGGAAGGCGCGACGUAUGCGGUAGCUGUUGGCUCUCUUUGUGCUUUGUCCACAAGUUUGUUGGGCUCCAUGUUCCCAAUGCCCCGGGUAAUAUGGGCCAUGGCAGAAGAUGGGCUUCUCUUCAAGUUCUUGGCCAACAUCAGUGAAAAAUCCAAAACCCCUGUAAUAGCCACCUUCACCUCUGGAAUAGUGGCAGCUGUGAUGGCCUUUCUGUUUGAUCUAAAGGAUCUGGUUGAUCUCAUGUCUAUUGGCACACUUUUGGCAUACACGCUAGUAGCAGCAUGUGUCUUGGUUUUGAGGUACCAACCAGAGCAGCCUAGUGUGAAUGUAGAGUAUCAGAUAGCCAACUGUCAGGAGGAAACUGAAGCGGACUCCAUUAAUGACAGCAGCGCAGACUUCCUGCCUGGAUCUCAAGAUCACUGCACUCUGAGCAACAUCCUCAGCCCCAAAAACCAAGAACCGUCUCGUCUAUCUGGCCGUAUCGUCAACAUCUGCACCAGUGUAUUAGGUGUGCUGGUGUGUGUGUUCUGUGUUGUGGCAGUGCAGGGUGGCUUUCAGAUAUGGGCUCUUGUCAUUCUUGUAGCUCUGGUCGUGAUUUGUUUCAUCGUCACCAUCUUGAUAUGGCGACAACCAGAGAGCAAGACAAAACUUUCCUUUAAGGUUCCUCUUCUGCCGUUCCUCCCCGUCCUGAGCAUGUUUAUUAAUGUGUACCUGAUGAUGCAGCUGGAUACAGGCACCUGGAUGCGCUUCGCCAUUUGGAUGGCCAUAGGUUUUGUUAUUUAUUUUUGCUAUGGGAUCAGUCACAGUACAGAAGAAGCGUUGAGCAGUAACGGCACAGAAGAAAACGCCACCUUCAAAGCGAUAAUGACAGAUGAACCUGUACCCGAGAAAGAGGCUUUCAUCAGUAACGGCAUUACAGUCACGGCAGAGGACAGCGACUCUUGAAACCACAGUUGACGUGCUAUAUUUUUACGUUCAUUUCCUACCAGCUGAAACCAAACCGAGCUGCUAUUGAUCUUCAACAUGUCCGCUGCUCUACAAACUAUCAAUGACCGUUAUGUGUUACUAGAGCCAAAGCACCUUUAAGCAGCAUUACGAGACGUACGGGACAUUUAUAUUUUUCUUGACGAAUAAAUUGCUUUUUUAUUCAGGUAAAAGUGUGAAGGACAGCGUUACUGAUCAUAACAGGGUCACAGCAUCCGUGCCCUAAGCAUAUGUUGGGACUUUGCACUAUUGGAACGAUCUGUUCUUCCUUUCUGUCUGUUUUUUAUCUAUUUAUUUUUUGCAUACUUUCAUGCUUUUCUGUUGAGUUUUUUAGAGGGAUCCCUAAUAUUACCCACAAUUCUCUUUGUGCUACGCAUUUUUAAUGUCAAAUCUACAGAAUUCUCACAGGCGUGAGGUCAAAGACCCUAACCCUGAAUUACCAAUGGAGGACAGAUUAUUCAAUUCAAUUCAAUUCAAUUUUAUUUAUAUAGCGCUUUUCACAAUGUGCAUUGUUCCAAAGCAGCUUUACAGGAGCAAAUAAGAAAAACACAGAAAGGUAAAACACAGCACAGUGCAUGGUGUUUAUAGACCAAGCAAGAUCAUUAUAAUAAAUAAUAUCUAAUAAAUAAAUGAAUAAAUACAUGAAUAAAUAAUUAUGUGCAAUUAAUGUCAUGGUUUUAUAUAAAAAAAAACACGUCCUUCUGAAAGUGGGAGCUGGUAUGAGAAUAUUUUUCUUCUACUUUAUUCAGAGGGAUUAUUAUGCCUUCCUAUGGUCACAUUGCCUGACAGUUGACGUUUGUGCACAUUGCUUGUCUGUUGGCAGUUAUACGUUUGCAUCUGGUGUUGGGUUAAUAAUUUUUGUACAGUAUUUUGGAUUUUAAGUGAACUUUAUUAAGUUUUGUCUUAAUUCUCAUUCUGGAUUUGUGGAUUUUAGAAUACAAAAACAAUCCAUUCAAAAGCAUUAAUGGUUUUGGUGGUUCUAGUGAAUUCCCCAUAAACUUCAUUAUCAUAUUGACAUGUUCGUAAUAUGCAUUAAAAUACUUUGCAAAAAGGUUGUGUUGCAGUAAGAAUGACAUUUUACAGUUUUUUUACGUAAACAUAAUUGGUUCUUAGCAAAAGAUAAAAAUGUAAAUGACAUGUAUUGUAAAUAUUUGCUGGUGUUCAAAAUAAAUUGUGUUGUUUGUA